AUGGGAGUCAUUGAGGAAGAUAAUGGGGACAUGAACCUGGGAGACACAGAGAGAGAAAGCAAACCAAAGGCGGGUAAAGCACGGGCAAAGGGAAUGCCAGACCUGAUGCUUACUGGAAGGCCAGGUGCGCUGAUCAGUGAUUGUCUGCAGGAUUGUUGCCUUGUGGGCCAGCAGCUCCAGCUGCAGAGGAAACACGUGACAGACUCGAUAGCCAAUGGCGACCUGUGUCAGGAGGGAGGAAGCCCCUCCCACUCCUGGUCGGAGGAGCACUGCAAGGAGCUGUGGGAUCGAGUGGAAGGCGCUAGAAACAAGCUGGUGCGCAUCAUCAACCCGGCCAAGCUGACGCCCUACCUUCGCCAGUGCAAGGUCAUUGAUGAGCAGGACGAAGACGAGGUGCUCAACUCCUCCCGUCUACGCAUCACCAAGGCUGGCCGUUUGCUGGACAUUCUGGGUUGUCAGGGCCAGCGAGGUCUUCAGGCCUUCAUGGAGUCCUUGGAGCUGUACCACCCGGAGCAGUACACCAAGCUGACGGGCAAGAAAGCCACCCAGCGCUGCUCCCUCAUCCUGGACGAGGAAGGACCACAGGUCCUGACUCAGUUUCUGCUGGUGGAGGUGCGACAGCUCCGAGAACAGCUUCAGAAGAGUCAGCGAUGCGAGCGCAGUGUCUCUCGCCGCUGCCAGGUGGCCGAGGACGAACGCCGCGAGUUGCGUCACGAUAGGCAGCUGCUGCACAGGCUCCAAAAAGACUGGGAGUCGGCCUGUCAAGAGGUUGGCAAGCUGAAAGAUCGACACCUGGAACAGUCGGUGAUGUACUCCAGGGUGCUGGAGGAGCAAAAUACUCAAAAAAAGCUGGUGGAGGAGCUGAGGUCCAGGCUGACUGAGGCCCAGGCACAAGCUGAAGGGAACAAAAAGAACAGCUUGGUGUCCAGCGCAGGUUCUGCUUGUCCACAUCCUGCAGCAGAAAAGCCUCCAUGCAGGAUUGAGCUUCCCAGACCCGACAACACAGGAGCUCAGGCGGGAGACCUGAAAAAUAAGGCACUGAUGGACAUGAUGCACCAGGACUGCCUGGAAGCUGCAGAUAAGAGACAGGAGCUCUGCAACAUCAUCACCAGACUCCAGGGGGAGGUAUGGAGUGCUGAGGAGCACAGGGACAAGCUCCAGUCGCAGUGUGAGCAGCUGCAGCUGAGGGUCAAGGCUCUGCAGCUGGACUGGGAGGCGGAGCAGAGGAGGAGCAUGUCCUACUUUCAGCAGAACAUCGACUUGAAAAGGGAGCGGGACGAGGCCCUGUGCAGCCGCUACAGCCUGCAGCUGGAGUACACCAACUGUCUGCUGGACAAGGACUGCCUGCGCAAACGCAACGUGCAGCUGCUGGCCAGCCUGGACCAGCGCCAGCUUGAGCUGCAGCGAGAGCGGCAAAAGAGCCAGGAGCAGAUGAAGAUCAGUCCCUGCCUGAACUGUUCCACCUUGUCGCUGAACAUUGACGACCAGUGCGACGGCCCCUGCUGCUCUCUCAACCUGGACCUCAGUCUGCCCAGUGACACCCAUCCAGACUUACCCAAGACAGAGGAGGGGAAGAAGGAAAGACAUCUCUCCACGUACACAUUUCCUCCUUGCAAGAACUCCUUUCGUAAACGAGAACAAAAUGCGACGUUGGACUUGGACUCUUGUAGCAGCGAUGACAACGACAACGUUGCAGGCGAAGGAGGCAAACCUUCUCUGAUGGACUCUUGCAGCUCAGUGCACUCCCACUUCUUCCCGCCAGACCUGCUCUCCUUGCCCGGAUCCUUGCAGAGGUUCCGCGACGGGUCCAGGUUGGACUUGGACUCGUGUUGUUCCGAUGAGACUGACGUCAUGACGGGGGAUCAAAGAAAACCUUCUAUGAUGGACUCCUGGAGCUCGGUGCACUCGCAUUACUUCCCACCUGACCUGGUCUCCCUGCCUGAUAACACCCGCAGGACCAGCAGACCCAGGGUACAACCAGUCUUUCCAACCUCGGGUCCUCUGAUCACGCCUGGAAGAGCCAGCCUGGCUGAUGACUUGACGAUAAUCGGUGGAAAUCAAACGGGGAUCUUUGUCAACUACGUUAAAGCUGGUUCAGUAGCAGAACUUUGUGGACUGAAGGAGGGCAGUGAGCUUCUUGAGCUGGAGCGAGUUCUUUUGGGCGGUGGCAGCGUGCCGUUCAGCCAGUGCACAGCUGAGGUGGCACACCUGAGUCUGCAGUGGUGGACGGAACCUUCAGCGCUCAAACACCAGAGCAACCAGGAGGCCUACGCCAAGCUGUGCGCCCGUAUCUCCCUGCCCCCUUUCAAUGGCAGCGACUCUUUUUACAUGCGGGUCAAUCUCAACAUGGAGGCUCUCUGCGACCCGUCGUACCUGGGGGUGUCCUGUGAUGACAUCAUCCACGUGACGGACACCAGGCACAAUGGCAAGUACAGCUGGCGCUGCUGUCUGGUGGACCCGGACUCUGCCAGCCCCCUGCAGGCCGGGGACAUGCCCAACUAUGACAGAGCACAGCAGCUGCUGAUGUUCCUGGUGCAGAAAGACUUCAAACAGAAGGAGAAGUCCUGUGCUCGUGUUAGACUGGUCCAGGCUGUGAACCCCAGCUGUCGUGAAGUGGCCCCCAAACAGCAGCAGGUUCUUUACACACUGAACAAACGGCAUGAAGAUCACUUCAUUCCUUACAGCCUGGUGCAGCCGAUGAAGGUCCACACCAAGCGGCCCGUCAUCUUCUCGCCCUCUCUGCUCUCCCGCGGCCUCAUUGAGAGACUCCUGAAGCCUGCGGAGUCCUGUUUGCAGUACAACACCUGUGUACCGGAGACCAUCCCGGCAUCUGAGAGGAGUGACAAGACGAUAUUCUUAUUGGAUUCCGACGAUGACGAGCCAGCGUUGGGCAUUCGGCUUCAAUCCAUGCAGGACGCCAUCAGCCAGGACAAACAUUGCUUGUUGGAGCUGGGACUGUCCUGUGUGGAGGCUUUGCUGAAACAAGACAUUUGCCCGAUUGUCAUCCACAUCCUCCCCAAGACUAAGAAACGCAAGAAAAAGAGAACCUUCUUCCUCCGCUUUGACGAGGUGGAGGACGUGUGCCAGACGGAGGAGCUGCAGCUGGAGAGUCUGCCCCUGCUCUACCACACGCUGGAGUCCAGCACCUGGAGCUGCACGGAGGAGCUGCUGGCCGCCAUACACAACGCCAUCACCCGCCAGCAGAUGGCACUAGCCUGGCUGGAAGCAGAAAGGCUGUAGGAGGAGUCUUGGUCAGCACAACACGUCUCAUUGGUUCUUUACACUCUUACUUCCUGGGUGGGAACAAUUCUCCUUUGAUCACAUUCAACUAUUUAUCCAUCACAUUCAACUAUUUAUCCAUCACAUUCAACUAUUCAUCAUCAUUCAACUAUUCACCAUCACAUUCAACUAUUCACCAUCACAUUCAACUAUUCA